AAACCAGACAUCUGUUCUGAACGGAGAGAAGCGAUUCCGCUGCAUAUAGCGGCAUUUCAGGCUUCUUAGUUCAGCUUUUUAACAAUAUAACGUAUAGCUAUUUGUACUGCUACAUGCAGUGUAUAUGUAAUUAAUUGUAUUUAUAUAUAGCUAAUUGUAUUUACAAUUUUAGAGUCUAUUUAGCAAGCUGAAAUGACAACCAUGUUGAUGCUUUUGAUGCCCGUAUUGGUCGCAUCAAUUUUUGGCGAGUCCUCCGUUUAUUUCCGAGAAGAAUUUGAGGAUGGAGAUGCAUGGAAAAGCCGAUGGGUGGAAUCCAAACACAAGUCAGAUUAUGGGAAGUUUGUUCAUACUGCUGGGAAAUUCUAUGGUGAUGUGGAGAGAAACAAAGGUCUUCAAACCAGCCAGGAUGCUCGCUUUUACUCUGCAUCCUCCCGCUUUGAGUCCGUCAGCAACAAAGACCAGGCACUGGUAAUCCAGUUCACUGUGAAACAUGAGCAGAACAUUGACUGUGGUGGAGGAUACAUCAAGCUGUUCCCAGCUGAUCUCAACCAGGAGGAAAUGCAUGGAGAUUCUGCAUACAACAUCAUGUUUGGUCCUGACAUCUGUGGUCCCGGUACUAAGAAAGUUCAUGUGAUCUUCAACUACAAAGGCAAGAAUCACUUAAUCAACAAAGACAUAAGAUGCAAGGAUGAUGAAUAUACCCACCUGUACACACUGAUAGUCAAUCCGGGUAACACCUACGAGGUGAAAAUCGACAACAAGAAAGUUGAGUCUGGAAGCCUAGAGGAGGACUUUGACUUCCUUCCCCCCAAGAAGAUAAAGGACCCUGAUGCUGAGAAGCCAGAUGACUGGGAUGAGAAGGAGAACAUUGAUGACCCUGAAGACAAGAAACCGGAUGAUUGGGAUGUUGCUGAGAACAUCCCUGACCCUGAUGCCAAGAAGCCUGAUGACUGGGAUGAUGAGAUGGAUGGUGAGUGGGAGCCUCCCAUGGUCACGAACCCGGACUAUAAGGGGGAGUGGAAACCCAAACAAAUUGACAAUCCUGCCUACAAGGGGAAAUGGGUGCACCCUGAAAUUGACAACCCAGAAUACACUGCUGACCCUGAAAUCUACCAAUAUGCCAGCAUGGGGGUGAUUGGAUUGGAUUUGUGGCAGGUUAAGUCAGGCACUAUUUUUGACAAUUUCCUCAUCACCAAUGACCCAAAACUUGCAGAAGAAGUGGGGAAUGAGACAUGGGGUGCAACAAAGGACCCUGAAAAGAAGAUGAAGGACAGUCUGGAAGAGGAGGAGAGAAAGAAACGUGAUGCAGAAGAGGUAAAUAUAAAGGAGGAAGAUGAAGAUAAAGAGGAGAGGGAUGAGGAAGAAUAUUACGAUGAAGAGGAAGAAGAGGGAGAAACAGACUCUAAACUCAAGGAUGAGUUAUAAACUCAAACAGGAACUUCUGAAAAGGAACCCUGUCUACUAUGAGCCAUUGGUGCAAGGCUGGAGAUUGGGCUUUAUUGGACAUUCUUUUUCGUCAUUGAAGCUGCACAUUUAUGUUUUGGUGUGAAGCUAUUGUUUUAAUUACAUGACAAGGGAAUGGGUACAAACUAAGGACAGCAAUUAUAUUGUCUGUUGCUAUGGGAGUUCAGAUUUGUCAAGGUUGGAGAUGUUAAAGAUUUUUUUUAAUCUUUAGAUUUGAGACAAGUGUUGUCUGGCAGUGAUGUUAUGUCAGCAAUUGUUUUUGAGAAGUGAACUUUCUCCUCUGUAAACAAAGCUCUACUGCUAACCUUAAAUAGUUUUCUUACUUAAGGAUAAUGACCAACAAUUUCCUGACUAAUCUUUACAGCAAAUAGUGUAUUGUUGGUCUUAAUCGGACACAUUUUUGUGCCUGUAGCCCAAAGGGGGGUGUGUGGCAUUAAGAUGGCAUCUCUCUUGUGUAUUGGAUAUGGCUGAAAGUCUAAUGCUUUUCCUUUUCUGCAUAUGAUUUUCAACAGUGCUGAGCGAUUACCAGAAAUGUUUACUUUUUCGGUUUUCAAACAACUAAGGGACUGACGAAUUCAAUUAUUUGAAUUACAUUUGUUUGUUUUUCUCAAUGGGCACAUUGGAGAAACUUCAAAGAUACAUCUGAUCCUGCCUGAACUGUGCGAUGUUGUAGUUCCCAACAUUCUACUACUUAGUUUUAAAAUAAAAAUAUUUAAACUACAAUGACCCAUUGCGCAUCUACCUGUCGGGUCUGUUUCUUUUACGCCUGCUACGGAAGAGGCAGAAAAAUGCGAGCUCGUGAGGGGUUAUAGAGAGCAGCUGUUGCUCUGCGAGGUGUCUCUACUUGACAAUACAUGAUCUAAGUGAUCGUCAUAAAUAUGUCUUUACUUUGAACUACAUUAAAAAAAAAAUGUUGUUUAGAUGGCAUAUGCAGCAGCUAUGUAGUCAUGAGAGAAAGUCGUCAAAUAAAACAUAUGUACACUGAAAUAUUGUAACGUGAAAUUAUGGUUAACUGAUAAGCAGUAACGAACAGUCACUACCAUCAUCAUACUUAUAUUAAUUGUUUCAUUCUGUUACAGCAUUCAACACAAAUAAUCGAAAUAGAACACCAUGGUUACUGUUUAAACAAACCGAUACCUGAUCCGACCUCAAAGCACUAAUCGUUCAGCACAGAGGUGUGCUUGAUUUAGGGUAACUACUCAUUUUUUUCACGAAUGGAACUGCUCAAGCACAUUCAAGCUACCGUAAAUCAAAUUUUAUGAAAAAUAAAUCAGAUUGCAUGUCUAAAGACGUUCAGAUAUUCUAAAACACGAAGCAGGAGGGAGUGAUGUUAGUCUCUUGAUAUGUUUAUUUUGGGGGCAAUGUCAAUUUAUGUUGUGAUAUUACCCGUUUGGUUUUUAAUGCCAACGUUUCUGCACUGCUGUACCCACGAGACUUGUCCCAAGCUGAUUGGAUUUGACCCUUUUGUAAAACAUAUUUUGUACUGGGGAGGAUAUGGAUGGAUCAUUUAAUUGUGCAAGAAAGAAAUUCUGAUACACAUAUUACUGUCCAAUAAUAAAACAUAAAGGAAGUGA